AUGCAACCUGUGAGAAAGGCUAUAGGAUCUAUGGAUCCAAUCUCCAAGAAGCUCACCUUAUCAAGAGAGACAUUAUCUUUGAUGAAGAAGUCUUGGAACUGGUCCGAGCACUCAAAUAAAGUUGUGACAUCAUUUCCUGAUGAAAGUCUAAGUGAGCAUGACUUUGAUAUAGGAGAUGGAGCUGAAAAUGUUGCACUAACACCUCAUACUCAAACCCGAUAUGAAAGGAGUCCAUCAUUCUUUCAAGCAUCAUCACAACAUAUCUCAAGUGACAUAAGUAGUGAAGAAAGGAACACUCAAGCUAUGAUCACUCACCAUUGA